CGCCCAUUUCAUCGCCGUCUCCGCUGAAAAAAUUGAUUCAUCGAAGAAUUUCCAGUGCGCUUCUCCAUUUUUCAUCUUAUCAGUGUUCAUGGGGAGUUUGAUUUACGUAAAGUAGGUAUUUUCCGAACAUUUACCGAAUUUUAUUAAAUCCAUUCAUUAGCUAGAGAGUUGAAAAUGAGAACAAUGGUUGAUUGGUCGGAACUUCGACCUGAAUUAUUGGUUUUGAUUGUUAGACGUAUAAAUAUGAUUGAGGAUUACCUAAAUUUCCGAAUCAUUUGCAAAUCGUGGCACUCUGUAGCCACCCGGGACAAUUUUAAUAGUAAUCUGCCUAGGGCUCCAUGGCUAAUGUUAGCUGAGGAAGAGAAUGAUAGAACAUGUAGAAAAUUCUUCAGUUUAUAUAAUGGCAUGAUUUUGAAAAAGAGGAUCCCGGGAGCGAGCGAAAAAAGGUGUAUGGAGUCGAAGGGAUGGCUUAUAACAGUUGGAAAAGACGAGGGUGAAGUUAGCUUGUUACAUCCCUUCUCCGGUGUUCAAAUUGAAUUGCCACAUCAAAAGACAACUGAACGUUAUGAACACAACUACACUCACGUUCCGUGGACCUUUAUCCGUAAAGCAGUUUUGUCAGCCAAUCCUUCUCAUACAUAUGACUAUGCUGUCAUGGUCAUUGAGGGAAGAUUUGAGCUCCUCAGUUUAUGGAGACCAGGAGAUUUGUUAUGGACCAGGAUUUUGAUGCCGAUCCACAUUGGACAUAUUAGUGAUGUGGUUUAUUUCAAUGGCCACUUUUAUGCGGUCACUUUUGGCCGUUGGGUCCAAAUUUGUGAUGUUGUUGGCUCUGAACUCAUUAAUAUUCAUACCAUAGCACAGCUAGCAUCAUGGAAUGAUGGUAGGAAUUACAUCCUAGAAUCACUAGGAUCAUUAUUUGUAGUUGCGCAACAAUUUGUUGAUUUAAGGCACGCCAAUGAUGAUCGUGAGAGGAUUCCACUGAGGCACAUCCCAGGUGAAGAUGAUGAGAAGAUUUGCACACACAGAACAAGAAAAUUUCUAGUUUUCCAGAUCGACUUAGUUAGCUGCAAAGCUACACCAACCAGGGAUUUAGGAGACCAAGCUUUUUUCUUGGGUGCUAAUGCUUCUCUUUCAAUACAAGCUUCUCAAUUUCCGGGAAUCAAGCCCAAUUGUAUUUAUUUUACAGAUAGUUGGUUGGGUGCAUACGCCUACUUUGAAAAAGGAUGCGGCUUGGACAUGGGGGUGUUCAACUUAGCAGAUGGCAGUAUCCAGCCGCAUUAUGAUGGUGUUUCCGUCAGUCGUGUUUGUCCUCCAAUUUGGGUCACACCAAAUCCGUGUUGAGUGAGUCAUUUUUCUAUAUUUACUCUUUUUAUU